CGUUUGAAAAGAUUUAAAGCUGCAAUAUAUAAUCUGUACUUGUUCAUGAGACCAAGGCAAACCAUCGGCCAUCCAGUUUCUGUCCUCGUUGCUGUUGGCCACGUGCUGAAGACGACCUUGACCACUUGCCCUUCCAACUCCUGUCAUUCCCUUAUACAACACGAUGACGCGCUUCGUUCUCAUUUUGGCCCUUUCUGGGUUAAGCAUGGGUAGCCUUACUGGCUUUAGCGGCCGAAAGGGCGGGCAACAAAGUGAUUUCGCAGGCAUCGACAACAAACCGCUAUCCUUGAGUGUUUCCUGCUCCUCUCUCGAGACAGAAUGUGACGGCUAUUGCAUUCCCAGCACAGGAGAAUGCUGCUCCUACGGCGACGGAUCAUAUUGCGAGACUGGAGACUACUGCACCAGCGGAGGAUGCUGCGAGGACGGCGAGAUUUGCACCGGCGAGGCUACUGGUUGCGACGAGGGUAAAGAGCUUUGCGGCGACUAUUGUAUACCCGAAGGCUCUGUUUGUUGCACCGACGGCUCUUAUUGCGACAGCGGCGAAACUUGCACCAGUGAUGGGUUCUGCACAACGGGCGGCGACAGCAGCAGUGAAAACGCCACGGAAACUACGCAACCGACUAGUACAUCCACGAACGGGAACGAUGACGGCGACGACGACGACCAGGGCCACACUCUCUGUGCCCGCAAAAGCAGGGGCGGGGGUUCUGACAGCACUGACGACGCUGACGAUGGCGAUAGCGACUGCGGCAACGAUGGCGCCGGCUCGAUUCUCACUCCGAACCUAGCGGGAACACUUUUGGCGGUUGUUAUUCUUCUGCUAUAAUUACUUUGUGUGUAUUUCGUCGAGGAGCACGUUAUAGUGGGAGUUCAAGAGGCUGGAUCAGAGUAUCCUGGGAUGGGUGUAUCAAAGGGCGAGCACUGAAGUUGUGGGAUGGGCCUGUACUAAGUUGCUGUACAUAUUCUUUUCAAGAAUUGUUUCCUCAUUUCUCGAUAUGCGCAUUUGAACC